AACUCUUUUUUUUUUUUCGGGAACAAUUUCAACACAAUAUGUAAAGAUUACAUCAUUGAUCAGAUAUGGUUACAUUUAUUUAGGGGAAAUAUAUUACUGUGGGACGCUCAAAAUAUGGCGUGUUGUGGAAUAUUUCCGCAAAACAUGUGUCUAAUUGCGGGUAUGAGUGUAAAAUGAGGUUCUAAUGACAUCAUGCACUCGCUGUUUACAUUGGUCUAUCGAGCGUUAAUGGUAUCUUUCACUGCCCUAUAUAAAGAGGACACAAAAUUGACACCAGGUUAGUGUUACAAACUUUUAUGUGAAAAUGGAAUACUCGCAUUUCUUUCUCGUGUGCAUAUGUAUUGUCUUAUUAAGUGGUACACAUGCAGUAGGGACUGUGAAUGGAACGACUCGAUAUCUGUCAAGUUUCAGACAAUGUGUUGACAGAUGUAUUUCUAGAAAUUAUCAUGGUUCCGCACCCUCUACAAAAUGUUCUUUUACACGAUCUGCAAAUUAUAAACAAACUUGGAAUAGCCCACCCGUAAAAGUGAUUACCUCAGUCACUCUACCUAUUUAUGGUCAGCCACUGCAUGACGGAGCACUAGCUGCUGGUGACGUCAGAAAAACGUCAACUCAUUUAUCGCGUGUGAUCCGUGGGAUUUUCCAGGAUAGGAGGAUAUUUCCCAGGAAGGGUUUAGUAAGUGAAGACGAUCACUCAUCGGAUGAUGAUGAUGACGAUCAAUCAUCAAACGACGAUGACAAUCAGGAUUACACCACAGCUUGCUAUAACUGUAUAUCUUCGACUUGUAGAUUUUUAAUUUAUUUCGGUUAAUCAAAGCAGUUCAUACCUGAUAAAAAUCAAAGACUUUUCAGUGUUCAUUAGUAGUUCUUAUAUUUAUUUUAUGUAUGUCAAAAUAUUGUUUUUCAUGUAUUAAAUGGCUUUAUGAAUCUC